AUGGGAGCACUAAGCAGUCGGAUGCUAUGGCACAGGGCUGGGCGUGCCCCAGAGGAGCCAGAUGCCCCUGGGGAGGAAGAAGAGGCUGUGGAGGCAGCAGUGGCGGCUAUAGAGGCAGGAGAGGAGGAGAGUGAAGAGGCCGUACCCACCACCAGUCAAGUCAGCCACAAGCGGAAGAUAGGCCCAGGAGGGCCACUCGCAAAAGCGCCCGGCGGGAAACGCGCUAAAGACAGUUCAGGGUCCGUUUAUGAGGCACUCUUCCUGAGAGGAGAAGAGAGCGACGUGCAGAUCCGUGCCCUGGGUGAGGAGUGGAACUUACACAAGGUCUACUUGUGCCAGUCAGGGUACUUUGCUAGCAUGUUCAGUGGUGCUUGGCGGGAGACAACCAUGAAUACUAUAGAGUUGCAGAUGCCUGACGAGAACAUUGAUCGUGAGGCACUGCAUGAGGCUUUAGGUUCUCUGUACCGAAACCCUGUACUCAUCCCACCCAGUCGAGUUGUUCCCAUCCUGGCCACAGCCAGCAUGUUGCAGCUGGACGAGCUGAUUCAACAGUGCAGUGAGAUCAUGAAGGAAACUGUCAGUGCCCAGACCGUGUGCAGCUACUACUAUUCUGCUGACAGCUACGGACUCCAGAACAUCAGGACCAUGUGUCUCCAGUGGCUGCUGGACAACCUGAUGACCCAGCAUAGUGAGGAGCUCUUGCGAGAAGUCAGCCUGGACCUCAUGAAAGAGCUCAUCGCCUCUUCAGAGCUCUUGGUGAUGGAGGUGGAGAUGGACGUGUACGUGAUGCUAAAAAAGUGGGUGUUCCUACAGCUGCAGCCGUCAUGGAGGGGCCCCCACAGAGCCCUGUUGCCUGAUGCUGACUCGUGGUUUGCUAGAUCCAGGAGGGAGUCAGAGGGCGCCCCUUUCCUGGAGACGGAGCAGGGCAGAGGCUUCGUGCAAGUGUUCCAGCAGCUGCGGCUUGCCUACAUAAUCUGCGACCUGCCUUCAGCACGCGUCAUCGACCAGGAUGCGCUGAUCCCUGCUGCAUGGCUGACCCCAGUGUACAAAGAGCAGUGGCUUGCCCUUCUCCGGGCUGAGCAGACCAGGGAGCUUGGGCCCAUGGACGUUUUUGUGUCUGAUCUCCAGGGGAACAGCAUGAGAUGCGGGGGCCAGCUCCGCAGGGACGAGCAGUGCACCUGGCAGUGGGCAGGCUUCAACUUCGGCUGGGACCUGGUAGUGUGCUAUGCCAACCGGCGCAUCCUUUUCCGGCGCAGCGCAUUGAACAAGCCCUGCAGCCUCGGGGUCAGCUUACUCUGGCAGAGAAAGGUAGCGUUCCGCUUGGGCCUGGCCUCCUUGGACAGGGCUGGAAGAGCCGUUUUCAGGAAGGACACAGAAUACCAGAUGCUUUCCCUGAGAAAGGAUCAAGAGUUAGAGGUUGUAAACCUGGAGAACCAAGAUGUGGUUUUCCCCAUCUAUGUGGCCUGUAACUUCCUGUACCUCCCCCCAGAGGGGCGUUGCCCAGAGUGA